AUGGCUCUGAGUAAUAUAUUUCAUACUCUGGGCCGCCGCUUUUUUCACAGUAAUGUAAAACUAUUACAAACAUGUACACGGACACAACCGGUCAGACUCACACACAGUGUAAUAUGGCGUGAAACUGGACUGAAACACAGACUGUCACCGCAGAGACUCCAACGCUGCCUGGUAGGUCAACCUGCUUCACAUCAGCCGAAGGACCAAACUCCGUGUAGAAAUCCGAUUUAUUUUGUAAUUCACUUCGAGAAGAUUUACAACUGUGCAUUCUGUCUGAAAAAUGACUUAAACCUGUUAGAAUUACCCGUCACUCCUGUCUAAACAAACUACCGUGCUAUAGCUGUCAUUUCUGUAGAUUCAGUCCAUUAUAAGCUACAUCCUUACUCUCUCCUGAAGCACAUUUGCACAUAAGAAAACUACCGAAAUAUCACAUAAAACCUCUUACCGCUCGUUUUAAACACUGCCGAAUUAACAGUCUAACUUUAAAGUCUCGUAAAAAUUUCAAGCGAAACUCUGAGAAACAAAACAACCCUUUUAUAUUGCAGCGACACCUAAAACUGGUUAUAUUGUAAUGGGGUUUUGCUUAAUGCCAGGCUGCGUUUUAGUGUCAUCCUCAAUAGCUACCUGUAAUUGAGAAAGACACUAGAUAAUUUAGAGGAAAUCUCUCAUGCUGACAACCCCUUCAUGUAUUUCCAACUUUAAUUUACAAAUAUUGAAAUGUAUUAAUAUUUUGAUACUCUAUUUGGAAAUUAAAAUAACACUGAAAAACUUGGUAGCAUAUUUUUUUAAACUAGCAAGGAUGCUGUACAAUGAAUGAAACAGAAGUGAUUUGCAAAUCAUGUACAUACUGAAUUUCAUUAAAUCAAAUGGGAAGAUAUUGUUUUGAUGUCAGCAAUAUGUUUCUAAAAAGUCAUUACAGGGUGGUGUUUCCCUCAUGGUGUGUUAUCAGCUCUUCUUCUCAGCUCCAGAGAAGUCUCUUGAGUUUCUGGAUCAUGUUUAUAUCUGAAGAUAUUUCUUUUAACUCUAUCUCUUUUCUUGGUUUUACAUACCACAGGUGAGUUUGAGUCAUUGGCAAACCUGCAGAACAAGCCAUUGUCUGUAUCUCCACUCCUCCAGAGCCUUAUCCUCACUACCACCUCCACCAUCGUCACGAAACAAGCAGAAGAAAACUGGGGUAGGUGGCAAAAAGUUGAGAGGUAUUAAAUGAACAACACCUGAACCAGAUCAUAAAAGUGAUUUUGUUUUAAUAUUUGAAGAUGUUGUGUCUAUGCUUGUUUAACCACCCGUUAGAAAUAACAAAUGUUAACAAGAAUCUUUCUUCACUGCAAACAUCGAUUUUAACAGUUAAUAAAUGUUUUUGAUGGAUUUUGUUUGUGUUUUUUUUUCUCUGUAAAGCCUGUGACGUGGCAAUCUUUGGCCAUAACUUUUGCUAUGGGAGGCUCUCUGCUCUUAGGGAUGAAAUAUUUCAAGAAAGAAAAAGAAGAAAGUGAGUAUUUUAUUUUUAAAUCAGUUAAAUAAUCUCCAACAGAAGAGGUUAACCUCAGUGAAUAAAUGUAAAUCAACUGUGAAUCAAGACUCUCUACCUGUUUGACUCCACAGAGAUUGAAAAAGAGAGAACCAAAUCGAUCGGCAGACCAGCACUCGGUGGCCCGUUCUCGCUCGUGGAUCACAACAACAAACCAACUAAGAGCGAGGACUUCCUGGGUCAGUGGGUUCUCAUCUACUUCGGCUUCACCCACUGCCCUGACAUCUGCCCCGAUGAGUUGGAGAAGAUGAUUGAAGUGGUAGAUGAAAUAGGUAUAUUCAAAUAGACAUACAAAAAACUAUUUCCAGUUUAUAGAAAAAGUCAGUGUCAUGUGUUCUCAUCUCAUUAUUUUACUUUGUCUGCACAUGUUUGGUAGAUAAAAUAAAACCUCUUCCAAACCUGACGCCGCUCCUCAUCACCAUUGACCCUGACAGAGACACUCCGGAGGCCAUGGCGGUGUAUGUUAAAGGUAACAUUUAAAACAUGACCUGAUUAUGUUUGCAUGGACAUUUUCAGUUUCAUUUUUAGCUGACUAAAGAGAGUUUAGAUUCAAUAACGUACCCAGCCUUAAAAAAAUAAGGAGAAUUUUUGCACUUUUUCCACAUGUGAAAAUGCUCUAAGCUAUGCAUAAUGUUCUUUACUUUUUAAAGGUACAGUGUGUAGCAUUUAUUUGUUAGAACAGACUUUGUAGAACCGUAUUACAAUAUUCAUAAUUAUGCUUUAAUUCGUGUAUAAUUACCUGAAUAAAGCAAACUUUUUAUUGUUAACUUAAAAUUAGUGUUUCAUAUCCCCCUCCAUGGAGGACACAAUCUUGCACUCCCACCCACGUUUCUACAGCACCACAGCGUAGACAAACUUAAAACAUAUGUCAUUUUGUAUUUAGUAUAAGGCCGUGCAAAAUGUACUAGUUAGAAGAAUUAUAGAGUUGAUUUGUGCAAAAGAAUACGUAAUGAUAGCACUCAGUUUUAAAACAGUGUCCUUAGUUUUAGUCACAUUUUUAUCAUUUUUGCCGUUCUCCCGUUUUAGUCAAUAAAAAGUCAAAACCUGUUUUUCGUCAUUACGUUUAGUAAAAAUGUUUCCCUUAUUGAUUCAAUUCGCCAAUUAGCAUUAAGGGUUAAAUCUGUAAAGAAACAUCUCUAAACUCUGUUGGGUGUGUAAUACUUACUUUUACUUUUGUUGGAUAAUUUAGCCAAACAAUGAUGUUCAUGAGGAAUUUGUCCCUGCUGUAUAUAAGACAUAGAAGAAUUUAGUGAAUAGAGAACAAGAAAUACAAACAUUCCUCCCAAAAUACUGGAAAAUAUUAAAUUAAAUGCAAAGCAAAGAUAAAUUAAUAGUCUUUUGUUUUGAUCAGAGUUUUCACCAAAGCUGAUUGGUCUGACGGGAACUUCAGCUCAGGUGGAGCAGGUCUCCAGAGCCUACAGAGUCUACUACAGCCAGGGACCAAAGGACGAGGACAAUGACUACAUUGUGAGUUACAACCUUUGACACUUUCUAAAAACACAGAGACAUUAAACAGGUUUGACCCUGAAAUUUGAUCCUGUGUCUAUCGGUCAUUUUGGAGCCAGAAGUGACCCUAUUUGGACUGGUGGGUGGAGCUUGUAAUAUGACUUUUUUUAUGGUCUAACAGGUUAAAAAUGUCUCUGUCUUCUCCUUUUAUCAUCUGCAGGUGGAUCACACCAUCAUCAUGUACCUGGUGGGACCUGAUGGAGAGUUUCUGGAGUAUUUUGGACAAAACAAAAAAAGUGUGGAGAUCACCAACGCUAUAGCGGCACACAUGAGGAAGUACAAGGCAGCUAAGUGA